UUUCUUCUCUCUCUGCCGGCAUCCGCGAAGCGAGGGAUAGAGCGGAGGAGCGAAGCCAGCCGAGGGAGAGACGAAUCCAGGCUGCCUGUUGUCACUGGAGCUCCCGGCUUCCCCCCGAUCGGCAGGCCACAAACCGCAAACCCGCAAGCAGGACAAGACACGCUCGUGGACACGUAUGCAGAAGGGCUCGCACAGCUGACCAGGGGAGCGCCCAGCCUCGCAGGCACCAACACACACUCACGCUGGUUUCUCCUGCACCGUGUCAAUCGGAUCAAUUCGGCCGAGCUUGUCUGACAGAGCCAUGGUUUUUCCUUUGUAGCCGGAGACGCCCCUGUGUCUCUGCUCCCUGCACGUCUUUGUGGGGUUUUUUUUGAAGGGGACAUGGAGUGCAGACCCUGUGCUGCGAGGAGUUCGGGACUGCCUUUCACUGGACACUGAAUCCCUUUGGCUCUGUUCCAGAUACACAUAUCUGCUACUAGAACUGGAUCUUUGACAAGUCCUUCCCAAAGCCUACUGUGGACCAGUCUCUUCCUCGCUCCAGCUCCAGAUCCUCUCCCAGAUGCCUCUUCCUAAUUGGAUCUAGUUGGUUUGAGGUGCUAUUAGGAGACGGAAAGACACCAGAGAGGAGAGAGCCCUUUCCCCCCCCAGGCUGCCUGGUUUUUGCCUUGGUGUACAGUAAGACAUGGUCUGAAUCCCCCCCCCACCUCCAGCAAACUCUGGAUUUUGUCAGGCUGUUGCAUCGUCGCACUGCACCACCUGAUGAAGGGGAAGCUGGGAGACUGACAUCAGGACAUGGGACGAUGGUCACUGGCCGGUACUGGAACACAAUUCCCAGUCUGCUCUAGUCCUCUGGGAGUCUGACAUCAAGGUCGGGGGUAAAUCUUAACGCUGGUAACAAGGGGAGAGGCGUGUGAUGCCAAGGUGUCUGGGGAGCUCAAUGUGACUGCUCUUGUCUGCCUCUAGACUUAGACCGGCCACGUACAAAGAGACACAUCCGCAUGCUGAACAAGUUUUCUGGUCUCCAAUGACUUGAUUCCAAAGGUAUGUGCCAGCCCCAGAUGGUCAUUGCAGAGACUGGGAACUCUCCUGCCCCCAUUAUCGAGAAUGGCAGAAGUUAACGCCAGCGACUUUGGAUUUCAGCAUAUUGACAACAGCGGCCCUUUAAGACGAGGAACACACACACACAGACACUCGAAAGAUUGGCAUGUCGCAUGAGACGUCAGCUGAAUGAGCAGUCUAAAUCGUGGGAGGACGACAAGGAGAAGCGCUCGGGUGGGAAGCCGAUGUUCUGACUGAGAAUCUAACAAGCUGUCAAGAGUAUUGGCUGAAUUUCCCGGCAAUCUGUGGCAGCGCUGGCUGAUUGCACGUUAUCUCUCUCCCACAACCAAUCUGGACACUGUGCUGCCUCGGCGGAACGAGACACCGAGCUCACCGUUACUACGAGGGAUAUAUCGAUAGCUUCACCGUUAAUACUCCUUCCACUACGAGCAGCGUGACAGAUGGGAUUCCUGACGAUCUCUGCCACGGUGACUUGCAUUGCUGAUCGUACUUCUCUCCCCUUGUACUGCAAUAACAUUACCACAGUAGGAGAGGAGGCAUCAUUAAUUCAUGAGCUCAGAUAGCUGCUAGAUCUGAGUGUAGAUAGAGCUCCUGGAUUACACCAGCACCUGGAACCAACUUCACUUUUUUUGUGGUUUAUGGAGGAUGGGAAAAAGGGGGAAUCUGAAUGGAACUGUGGCGGUGGGAGGUAUUGUUUUUCCUCACACCACCGAUUAACACUCAUCUCUUGUAUUUCAAAUACCAAUAAAAUGAGAUGAGACAGCGACUGAUUCCAGAAUUCCUGCAGUGAAUACGCACCGAUACUUUCACAGUUAUUGUCAUGUCACACGCCGACACAUAGAGUAUGUGUGAUGCAGCUGGAGAAUCACUAAUGGGCUGAAUAGCACUGCAUAUAUCUUUCUCCCACACUCAUCAUGCUGCCUGACACAUUGCCUUACACCAGGUAAUAGUUCCCCUGCCAGAUGCCUGGUGAUAAACCCGAGCCCUGACUCAAACCAAAUUUAUUUUCCUCUGUCAUGCGUCUCUGCUGACAUAACUGUGUCCUUGUGUCCUUGACUGCGACUACGAGUCUUCUGGAGUAGAAAACCAAGUGAAGCUACCGGCUGCCUGCACAUUUACAUACACUGUUUUAUACAUAUACACACAGAACUGCCUGAAGAAAUAACUGAACCCCCACCUCAUGCUCUCCUUCAGUGGCGACUCGUACCAUUCAGGUUGAAUUUAAGAUGGUGCCAUACAAAGUGGAGCUAAACCUGCUCGUCCUAACUUCACAUUCCCCACAGGUGUCAGACUGCUGAGGGAGCUAUCAGCCUCUUGUCAGUCUAUCUGAAGGAUUUCCUCUCCAGUGUUAUCGUUUUUCGAUGGAUGACACUUUGAUCCCAAGCAACUGGAAAAUGUGUAAUCCUCAAUGAACAGUCGUUGGGCCUCUCUGAUGGAUUAACUUCCUGUAUUUGCUGCAGCUUAUUUAUUUUUAUACACCGCUCUCCUUCACCGCCGAAGACAUGGGGAGCUCCAUGGGUUGUGUCAGGCCUCCUCCCGAGGGGGGACUCACUGGAGCCCCCCCACUUUCACCAAAGAAGCGGCUACGUUUCAGACGUAAGCACAAGGGCAAGAAGAACAGGAAAGGGGAAGCAGAAAUGGAGGACUUCUCACGACAAAGAACCCGUGAAAGAGACGACGAGGAUGAAGACGAGGAGGAAAAAAAUAUAGUUUUGGAAACCAUAGAUUCAGAUUUUAGCAACAGAGCGAGAACUCUUAUGACAGUGCCUGACACCCAGUUAACUCAUUCCAAAGCAAAUCUGCACAGCAAUACCCUUUCCCCAGGCUCUACGAGUGCUGGGGGCCUUUUGGGCAACAGAAUACUUGAAGUGUCCCCCAAGCCCAGCCCAGCCUGGAGAGGGGUCUUCUGCCUUCCAGGGGAGGAAGACUCCGUCAGCGCAAUCAUAGAUGUGUCCAGCAUCCCGAGCCAAACAACCACCACCACCCCAGUCAACACAGCCCCAGCCCUGGGCAGUACCACUCCAGGCGGAGGGAGAGUCUUUCGUGUUAAGGAGAAAGUUCAAGGGGUCCUAGAGAAACCUUGGAUACUCCGACAGAAGAAGGAGAAAAAAGACAAAUGGAGAAAAGAGAAAGAGGAAAAGGGUGAUGCAGGGGUAAAGGGAGGACAUGAAGGGACAUCAGGGUUGGUGCAGACAUCAUCAGAGAGGGAGCAGAAAGGUGUGGUCCACAUCCGAGAGGUGGAUGGUAAACUCUGCGUUGUGAGGACAAUGUACCCCAGUGAUUAUGGCUCUCCAGUGUGGAGGGGUGAUGGUGACAAUGAUGUGGAGGUGCGCAAAGAGCCUCCAGUCCCGUCUCCGGUCACUGAAAAUAUUCUCAAAGUCCUAUUGAGUGAGGAGGACAAGAGUAGAGCCAAAAAGUCUGCAAGUGAGAACCCAUGGUCCUCAAACCAAUUGCAGAUUCAGGAGACUAUGGCCUUCAAGGGGUUUAGGUUAGACUCUCCAGCUCGGGCUCAAGAGAGGACGUCUCUCUUGGAGUCGGGCUACGCCAGCGACCUUCCGCUGACGUCUCCGGAGACGGCGGGCACCACUCCCAGUCAGACGGACUGGGGAGGGCUGACCAGUAGCUCGUCAGAGAGGCUGGACUCCAUGAUGGAGAGUCCUCUAUCAGUGCAGCAACUGGCAGCUGUAAAAUACCUGCCGCAGAUCUCCGAGAUCUACGUGAGCGGCGAGUCGGGCGACCUCACGGCCAAAGAGAAGCUGCUGAUAUGGAGCCAGCAGGCCACAGAAGGCUACCCCGGCCUCCGCUGUGUCAACUUCACCUCGUCCUGGAGCGACGGACGCAUGUUCAACGCUCUGCUGCACAGAUACAGGCCCGACCUGAUCGACAUGGAGGUGGUGUCACGCCAGGGUAACCGUGAGAACCUGGAGCAGGCCUUCGACAUCGCCGAGUCGCUAGGGGUGACCAGUCUGCUGGACGCUGAGGACGUUGAUGUUCCUUGUCCGGAUGAAAAGUCGGUCAUCACCUACGUCUCCUCCAUCUACGAUGCCUUCCCCAAGAUCCCCGAGGGAGGAGAGGGCAUCGCCGCACAUGAGGUGGACCCGCGCUGGUCCGAGUAUCAGUCCAGGUUCUCCUCUCUGCUCCAGUGGAGCCGCCAGCAAACGGCCCUGAUGGCCAACAAGAACUUUCCACAGAACCCUGUGGAGCUCAAGGCACUUUACAAUGAGUACGUCCAUUUCAAAGAGACGGAGAUCCCCGCCAAGGAGAUGGAGAAAGGUCAAGUGGAACACCUCUACAAACUGCUUGAGGUGUGGAUAGAGUUCGGUCGUAUUAAGCUUCCCCCGGGCCUCCACCCCAACGACCUGGAGGAGGAGUGGGGUAAACUCAUCCUGGAGAUGCUGGAGAGAGAGAAGGCCCUCCGGCCGGCUGUGGAGAGGCUAGAGCUGCUGCUCCAGAGAGCCAACAAGAUCCAGAACAUGUCUCUGGACUGUGAGGAGAAACUCACCCUCGCCAGGAACACGCUCCAGGCUGACAUGUCCCGGGUGGAGAGCGGCGAGGCGGUGCAGUGCGAGAAGGAACUGGCCUGCUACCUGCAGGACUGCGAGUCUCUGAUCCGACAACUCAACCAGGAGCUCAAAGUUCUGCGGGAGGAGCGAUACUACCAGGUGGAGCAGCUGGCGUUCAGAGUGUCCUGCCUUCAGGAGGAGCUGGUCUCCCUCCGGCUGCAGUGCUCCAGCGUCUACAGGAAGGGGCACUUCUCCCAGGCGCUGGGCAGCACCGGGGCAGAGCACACCAGCCAGCGAGCCCCCGACACCCAGCUGUCGCUGGGGCAGACGCUGCUGGGGGCGGUGGGAGCGGUCGGCGCCGCGCUCCUGCGGCGGCCCAUGGCCCGAUCCCAACUGGUGGCCGUGUCCUCAUCGGAGGACGAAGGAAGCCUGAGGUUCAUCUACGAGCUGCUCGGCUGGGUGGAGGAGACGCAGGAGCUGUUGGAGCGAGCUGAGUGGGGCGCAGACCUCCCCUCAGUAGAGAACAACCUCCAAGAGCACAACAACAUACACACUGCAGUUGAAGAGCUAAUGAGCAGCCUGCAGGAGGCACGCAGCUACGAGGCACAAGUCUCCUCCAACUUCAGGAGCAGUUACUCAGAAACCCUGGCCAAGCUGGAACACCAAUACUGCAAACUACUGGAACAUUCGUCAUGGCGCCUGCGGAGCUUGGAGAGCCUGCACGCGUUUGUGUCGCACUGCACUGAAGAGCUGAUCUGGCUCAACGAGCGGGAGGAGGAGGAGAUCGCCUACGACUGGAGCGACAACAACGCCAAUAUGAGCGCCAAGAGAGAAUUAUACAGCGAAAUGAGGUUGGAGCUGGACGAGAAACGAGAUGUGAUGCGGUCGCUGCAGGAAACGGCCAGUCGUCUGUGUCAGGAGAACCAUCCCGCCAAGCAGACGGUGGAGGCGUACAGUGCAGCCCUGCAGACUCAGUGGCAGUGGGUGGACCAGCUGUGCGUGUGUGUAGAGCAGCAUCUCAAAGAUAAUACGACGUAUUUCCAGUUCAUGAGUGACGCUCGGGACUGUGAGUCGUACCUGCGCCAGCUGCAGGAAACCAUCAAGAGACAGUACACGUGUGACAAGAACAGCAGACUGAGCAAACUGGAAGACCUGCUGCAGGACUCCAUGGAGGAGAAGGAGCAGCUGAUUGAGUACCGGAGUACGGUGGCAAGUCUGGUGGGCCGGGCCAAGACGCUGGUGCAGCUCCGCCCCCGCAGCGCAGAGAGCAACCUGGUAGCCACCACGCCCAUCAAAGCCAUCUGCGACUACAGACAAAUAGAGACAAACGUCCAGAUCACAAUCAGCCGAGGAGAGGAGUGCGUGCUGGAGGACAACUCUCAGAGAACCAAGUGGAAGGUGAUAAGUCCCACAGGGAACGAGGCCAUGGUCCCGUCGGUGUGUUUCUCCGUCCCGCCACCGAACCAGGAGGCCAUCGACACAGCCGGCCGGACAGAGCAAUUGUACCAGAAGGUCAUGUCUCUCUGGCAUCAGCUCCAUGUGAACAUGAAGAGCGUGGUGUCUUGGCACUACGUCCUCAAAGACAUCAACACUGUCUCCGCAUGGAACCUAGACAUGGUUCGGUGUCAGUCCCCGUCGGAGCGGCAGCAAGUCCUGGAUCACCUGGAGUCCCAGUGCGCCGACUUCCUGGCCGACAGCAAAGAGAGCUCCCUGUUUACGGCGGCCGACAGACGAGAGCUGGAGAGGGACGUUCAGCAGGCCCAGCAGCACUGUCAGGACCUGCUGCUCAACAUGGAGACCGUUGAGAAGGACGAGUCGGUCUCUCGUUCGUACCUGUCGGAGCUGCAGAACAUCACCCUGCGUCUAAAUGAGGCGGAGCAGAGACUGAUGAGUGGAAUUCAGUCCCCGCCCCCCAGCAGGCUGUCAGGAGACAGCGCAGACAACGCCGUCCAGAUUGCAGAGCAAGAGAAGCUGCAGUCAGAGCUGGACACCCUGCGCUCCAGUCUGGGUGACGUGUCUCGUCGCUGCGUCAAAUUCUUUGAGGAGAAGCCAACGUCGUCCAGCGUUCCUGUCCUCCGCUCAGAACUCAGUCAGGCCGUGGAAAAGACGGACAAACUGCACAACCUUUCUUCCGUCUACCUAGAAAAGUUGAAGAUGGUAGACGUCCUGAUUCGCAGCCUGGACGAAGUGGAGAGCGAGGUCAGAAAGUACGAGGCCAGACUAAGUGAAGAAGACAUAGUUCCUGCCGACACCACGGCCAUUCAAAACAUCAGAGAUCAACUAGGGAGGUGGCAGUCUGAACUUGGCGAGCAGGAGGACCUCUUCCUGUCCCUGAAGUCCGUUGUGCUUCGGGCCAAAGAGGCCGGGUCCCAGCUCAGCAGGCUCCACCCCGACCGCAGCCCCGAGCUGCAGCUCUACCAGGAGAGAGCCAAUCAGAUGGCGGAGAGGUGGAGCGGCGUUGGGAGACAGAUGGAGACACGACAAACUGAUCUGGACGCUCUGGGCUCCGCCCUGCAGCAGUACAGAGACGGUCACUCUGCUCUGAUCAGGUGGAUCGAGGAGACGACGGAGAGACAAGAAAACACACAACCCGGACAGACCGACAGCAAAGCGCUGUCUGAACAGCUGGCGCAGCAGACGGCAUUAGUAGCUGAGAUUGAACAGAACCAGACCAAACUAGACGAGUGCCAGACUCACUCCAAACAGUACAGCACCUCAGUGAAGGAUUAUGAACUACAGCUGAUGACCUACAGAGCCUUUGUAGAGUCGACACACAAGUCGCCCGUUAAGAGGAGGAGGAUGCACUCUUCCUCUGACGCCGUCACUCAGGAGUUCAUGGAUUUGCGCACACGCUACACGGCCUUGGUCACCUUGACAACGCAACAUGUGAAGUACAUCAGCGAUGCGCUGAGAAGACUAGAAGAAGAAGAGAAAGAGGUGGAGGAGGAGAAGCAGGCCAGGGUCGGCCAGGUCUCAGAUCUGCUGGGCUGGGUCCAAGGUCUCCAGGGACGAACCGGCGGUCCCAACGCUGAGUCUUCACUUGCUGCUCAACAGGCCAUCAGCGAACAGCUUGCAGCCAAGAAGGAUGAAGUGGCUGAAGCCAUCAGGAGCACAAAGGUCUUCCUGUUAUCAAAACAGGCCAGCAAGUUGUCCCCAGAGGAGCGCGCUCAGGUGGAGGCUCAGCUGGACGGGCUCACAUCCACCUACAACCAGAUGUGUGACAGCUCCACCCAACAGCUGCAGCAGCUGGAGCAACAGCUUGCCAAAGCGGAGGAAAGAAAGAACCAAGUUGCCAUCGCCGGAGUGAUCGACCUGGGAACAGUGGAAACAUUCCCAGUGUUCCAAGCAUCCCAACGUGGUCUUAUUGACCAGGACACCUGCCAUGUUCUCCUGGAGGCCCAGCUCAUUAUGGGUGGGCUUGUGCAGCCUGACACCCCACUCAGUCUUUCACUGGAACAAGGUGUAGCUCAAGGCGUAAUUGACGCCCACACAAGACAGUCACUCUCUGAGCUGGAGAGUGCCUUGCUUCUGGUGGAAAAUACUCAAUCUGCAGGUUACCAACAACAAAACGUGUUGCCGGUAGCUACCGCCAUGGAGGUUGGGCUCAUCAAAGAGGAGGUGGGACUCCACAUUCUGGAACUCCAGAUGAACACUGGAGGUCUGAGAGAUUCAACAGGAAAAAUGAUUACUUUGGAGAAAGCAGAAGACAUGAGACUUUUGACUCCCAGAACCAUCGCCAAACUCCAGUCAAGGCUACAACGCAGAGAGCUCAUUGAUCCUAACACAGCGGAAAAAUUAAACCUGUACGAGCUACAACAGCGAUGUGUCUUCGACGAUGACUCGGGUCUCCUUCUCUUUCCCGUCAAACAGCAACCUGGAGGAACGGUCUGUCUCCGCUCUGGAAGAAAAGUUGGCAUCUUCCGUGCAGUACAGGAAGGUCUGAUUGAUCGAAAAGUUUCCGUUCGACUGCUUGAAGCUCAGCUCUUUGCUGGUGGUAUUGCUGAACCACGCUCAGGCCAUCGGCUGACAAUUGAUGAGGCUGUUCGUCUUGGGCUGAUGGACCAGGAUCUUGCAUGUGCCAUGUUAGCACGUCAGAUGCAAAAUGGGGGAAUUAUAGACCCUGUCAGUGGAGUACGACUGGAUUUGGAAGAAAGUAUUCACAGACAACUUCUCUCCCCUCCUUUAGCGUUGUUGGUCCUUGAGUCUCUUUGGACUUUCAUGGGACUGCUUUGGCCUGAAUCUGGAGAACUUCUGCCUAUUGCCGAGGCUCUUCAACAAGGGGUGAUCUCCAGAGAGCUUGCAAGAAACAUCCUAGCACAGCGUCAUGCCAUUGGGGGUCUGUACAACCCCGAAACCCUCCAGGUGCUGCCCCUAAACCAUGCUGCUGAAGAAGCCCUUGAGCCCAGUGUAGUCAGUUACCUCAAAGACAUCCACAUCCCAGAUGUUCAUCUCAACAUGAAUCAGUCUGGUACACCAUCUCUAAACCGCUCGAGCUGGGGUUCCACCAGUUCCUCCCCACCUCCAUCCUCUCCACCACCUUCAUCGUCUCCUGCAGACCUUGUAUGGGAUGCACCAACAGAUGGAAUGGAUUCUGAAGAACAAGCAAAACACAAGCUGCUGUUUCACCUCAUGACUCACAGCUAUGUGGAUGCUCAUUUUGGAAAACGGCUGGUGCUACUAGACCCUGAGCUGGUGGAGUUGGUCAAAGCUACUGAACUGGUUGCUGGAGACUCUGUUUAUGUAAGUCAAGCUGAGCAUCUAAGCAGUUUUACUACAGAUAACCAGGAGAAGUGUGAAAUGGUGAGAGAGUUAAGUUUGAAAGAUACAGAAGUGAGUGACAAACUAACUAAAGAUGAAGAAGAAAGUUCUGAUGUAGUCACACCAAGCAAGGAUUCUGAGAUAUGUGGUACAGGAAGUCUAGGAGAAAGAAAUGAUGGAGGAAAUGACAACAAAUUGCUGCAGAAACCAUCCGUAAUUGUAGGCAGUGAUUUGGUCUCUUCAUCUAGACGUGAAAUCGAUGGAGACAAAGGUGCAAAAGUAAAAGCUAAAAAGAAAGAAAAGUCCAAUCGUGAAAGCUUAUUGACUGUGGCCAAUAGCCCAGAGGAGCUGGUUGGAACUGAAUCCAAACCCAGAGAUAAUAGUCAUCUGGACACUAGAAGUAUAACCACAACUGUAGACAGAAAAACAGUCACAGCACCACUCAAAUCAGAGGAAGAUAUUGAAAGGAAGAUAUUGAAAGAAAUAAAUGAAGAUGUUAAUUUAACACAAUCUGAGGACAGGAAAGAUAUAAAGACUGAAUCAGAAAGGGUCUUACAAAAGGUAAAAGAAAAUGUAAAAAAGGUCAAAGAGACUGACCCAAAGAUUGCUAAAUCUGAGGUUGAUAUUCUUGAACCGGCAGUGAAGGAGGAAGGGGAGAAUGCUGAGUUGGCAAGGCUAGUCCUAGAGCUGAAACAGGGAGGUCUGAUGACCGAAGAAGGCGAAAAGCUGCUUCCUGAUGAGGCAGUAGCCCAGGGGGUCCUCCCUGGCCAUACUGCAGUUAAAUUAAUGGCUCAGGCAGGUCUUUUUGGAGGUUUCCUAGAUGCCAGCAGUGGUGAGUCCCUCAGCAUGGAGGAUGUUAUGCAGGAGGGUUUACUAGAUGAAGAUCUGAUGUGGAGUGUCCUAAAGUCAGAUAAAACGCUUGCAGGGAUUGUGGACGUUGAGAAAAGGCAGGUCUGUGGGGUAAGGGAAGCAACUCAGGCAGGUUUGAUUGACCUGAACACUGCUGCUCAACUUUUAGAAGCCCAGGUGGCAUCUGGGGGAAUCGUAGACCUACGUAGGGAUAAGAAGGUCUCUGUCACUCUUGCAGCAAACCUGGGACUGAUUGAGGAGGAGCAAAGACAAGAACUUGUGGCACUAGAGAAGGCAUACAAAGGAAAAGAGGCAGAUUUACAAACAGCUCUCAAAAAGGCCACUUUACAGCUACAGAUGGAAGGUGUUAUUGACCCAGAAUCUAAGUCUCCAGUUCCUCUGGAGCAAGCAAUUCAGAAAGGGUUGAUUAAGUCAGAAGAGGCAUAUCAUGUGUUGGCAAGGCAGGUGGCUGAGGGUGGUAUAAUCCAUCAUGCUUCCGGAAUGAGGCUUUCCGUCUCUGACGCUGUAGAUAGAGGAUUAGUGGAUCGGUCUGUUGCUCCUGGCCUGGAGGAACUAGAGUGGGUAUACCAAGGAAAAGUCAGCCAUUCAUCCCGACCAGACGCUGUUGUAUUCCAAGCAUCAACAGGAACUAUCGUAGACCCUGAAUCUGGACGUAAACUGACAUUGACAGAGGCUGUUUCUAAAGGUCUCCUGGAUGGGAACAUAGCCAGUGAGGCCAUGGCUUCUCCAACAGUGGCACAAGGAGCACUGGACCCCCGGACCGCACGCAUUGUGCCUUAUUCGAAACUUGUAAGCCAGGGUAAGAUAGAUAUUGACACAGGGAGGCGUUUCUUGGAGGUGAAACCAUUCGGAGGAAUUCAGAAUGAGCAAACAGGAGACUAUCUUACCCUUUCUGAGGCACUUGAAUCGAAACAAGUUGACCCAGUAGCAGCACUGAGGCUACUCCAAAGCCAGGCAGAUAGCGGAGGGAUCAUUGAUUUGAAGACUGGAGAAAGACUUCCACUAUCCGAAGCCUGUGAAAGAGGAUUAGUGGGAGAUGAUAUGGUCAAGGUAAUAGCCACCAACCAAAUUCUUAAAGGAGGCCUAGUUGACCCCACUACUAGACAACGGGUCCCUAGUCUCAAUGAUGCCAUUGCAGUCGGAUUGUUAUCCAGCGACAUAGCUUCUGAAAUUCAGAAAAAAGUGGCUACUGCCGAGAUAGAGGGUGACGAAGGUAGUUCUACACCUGUUGCCUCAUCAAGUGGUACAUACAGCCCUGCUGUUAUAUUGUCAGUGUCAAGCCCAGACAGUCCAGCAAACUGGUCCGAUGUAAACACUGAGGAAAGAUUGAAAGUUGCACUGGGUGAUGAAAAGACAACAGUAUCUGCAGUAUCAGAAAAGUCGCUGUUUUAUGACAUGGCUACAGAAGAGGACAAAGUCGAAUUACCAGGAUCGGUAGGAGAACCAGACCGGUCCAUGGACCUCUUGUGUAAUUUUACAGCUAAUGUUGAGAAAAGAAUUCAGCAAGCCAUAGAAGAGAUGGUGCCCCAGAAAGACACCAAAGAAAUAGAGAGCCUUCCUAAACAGGAACCUGAUGAGAAACUGCAGACAGGUGAGAGUGUCUUUAUAGAUUCUGCUGGAGAAUCCACGCCCGCAUGUGUAUACGAUAUUGGCGAAGAUUCCACGGAGGAGGUCAGAAAGGGGGCUGCCAUUUUGAAGUCCGACGGGAAAGCUGUAAAAGUUGGAGAAAAGGAUUGUAGACCCUGCGAUGAGAACACAUCAAUGGUUUGUCCUGUUUCUGAAGGUGUAAACCUGACAGGUCCUGUGGCAGCAGAGAUCAGAGAUGACAGAGAAGGCAAAGAAUUGUUAAAAUUGAAUGAAGAGGAAUAUAGAAAGAGCGAUGUGGCAGAACCGAGGGGUGAUGGUUUGGAUGGUGAGAGUAAAGUAGGGAGAAUUGAGAAACCUUUAAAGGUUGAGAUCACUGCCGUUGAGCAAUCAGGCCAAUUAUUGACCCCUCCAUCCAGAGAGACUGAAAACAAAAGCAAGAAAAAGAGGAAGAAUAAAAACAAGGGAAAAGGUAAAGAAGCAGAAAGUGAAAAACAACCUCCUGCUGACAUUGAAUGGCAGCCUGAGGCUACAGGUGUAGUCGCAGAUAAGUUUGCAUCACAAGACAAAUUUGAGAAAUUGCAGAUGGAUGGUCAGGUAGGAGAAACCAAAGCAAAGGUUGAUUGGAAAAUUGAGGCUGAAAAGGAUUUGUUAAAACAAGGACGAGAAGCCACUCUGGAAUUCACAGAGCAUACUAUUGAGCCAGAAAAGGAGGCAAUAAAAACCAUGAUUGUUAAGGACAUAGAAAAGGGUGAUAAGAGAGAGAAGAUAAAAAGAGGGCAGCAGAAAGUAGAAGUUGAGGAGAAGGCUUCUGUCUCUCAGCAACCAGAACGAGAGAGCAUUGGGGGGACGAAGACAAAGGAGGAGCAAGAAUUCCCUCAGAAAUCGACUCUACCAGACAACGAGAAAGCAGCCCUGAUUCUGAAGGCCAAAGAGGGCAUUCUCAAAAAGGUGUUUGAAAAAGGAGUGAGUGAGAAACAGGCAGCCGAGGAGCUGCAGGCACUGCGGAAAGAGGUGGGCAAGAAGGAGAUUCAACAAGGCACAACAGUAAGAGAUGUAAAGGAAAUAACUCUGCCAGCUAACGUUGAUGAAGCGGAGAGUCGUGGUGUCAGAGACGAUAGUGUCAAGAGACGGAAUGGUUCAUUGAAAGAAAAUGAGGAUGAGACGAGUGUCAAAGAAGACAAGUUAAAACUGACAAAGGUCAAAGAAGACAUGGAUGUGGAGAAACUCUCCGUCAAGGACGGUGAGCUGAUCCAACUGUUGGAGACUCCUUCACCAGAGAGAGAAAAGAUCAGUUGUCCUGGAAAGGAAGACGAGGCGGCACCCUCAGUCCAGCCCAAAGAAAUUCAGCAAGUAAGUAAACGAAGCAAGAAGAACAAGAAGUCAAAGGCUCCAAAAGUGUCCGACAAAGCAGAGACUGAGAAAUCAACAACGGAUGGAAAAGUGGAUUCUGAGGUGCCCGCGACAAAAAUAACCACAACACCUACAAUGGCAAAACCGGAUUUGGAUAGGUCAGCUUUGACUAAGGAGCAGAGGAUGGACAGACCAGUCCAAACCAGUGAUGUCAUCCAGCCGUCAACUGGUGAUAAGGCAAAUGAAAUGGAGACAUUUGAAACUACUGAUAAAGAAGCUGAGAGUCCAUAUUUACACCAGGCAGAGGAACAAAGCUCCCACAUCGAAGAAGACAUACAAGUCGCAGAGGUUGCAUCCAUUGAGAAAGAAGAAUCACCUCCAGACACCAUAAGUGAAGGCUUCAAAUCCAUUGAGGUUGUCGCAUGCAAACCAGACAUCCAGUCCGUAGCUCAGUAUACGGCUCCCGGCACGCAACAGGUUAAAACCAAAGGAAAAGGUAAAAAGAAAAAAGGUCAGCAACCGCAAGAAGUUGAAAAUACCAACGUUCCCGAAUCGAAGAUCUUAAAAGAGCCAAGGCAACAUGCCGAGUGUCCAGAAUCAUCUCCUUUGCUCUCAGAAGACGCUUCAACUGAGUCUGAAUCACAUGAAGUCCCCGAGUCGGACACAGCGUCUGAGAGCUGGGAAGAGGAAGAGGAUGAUGUCGGAGAGAAACACAAAAUCGUGUCUAAGAAAGAGGGGAUGACAUCCACUUGCAAGUCGUCAUUGAAGCGUCAGGAAUGCUUGGAGCACGACCAGCGAAUCGUAGCCCUGGUCUCCAUGGUGCGACACAUGGAGGUCCGACUCAAACAGCAGCAGCAGCAGUCUGUCGGCCGCAGCCUCAUCGCCCUGGAUGACAUCAUCAGACAGACCCAGAUUCUGGACCUUGAACUGCGCGACUUGGAGCCCGAGGUCGCCAAGGAGGUGGAGGCUGCCGAGCAGCUGCUGAAGCCCCGACCUGGAGACGUCCCUCCGCAGCUCCUGUUGGCCCUGGAGAAGGACGGACGUAGCUUGGCUCGAGGGUACGAGGCUGCCACGUCUCUCUCUGAGGGCAUCCUGAAGAGCCUGCGAGACCACCGAGACUCGUACAAGGAGGCAGUGGUGGCGGAGCAGAAGUCACUGGGAGGACAAGUGGAGAGUCUGCUCUCCUGGUUGAAGGGGACGGAGGCUCAGAUGGACGGAGGAAUGGCACGGAUGGAAAAAAUGGGGAAAUCGGAGAAAGACGACGACUGCGAUCAGCUCACACAUCAGCUGAAUCUUUGCAAGGAGCUCCAGUCCUCCCUGAUGGCUCGCUCCAGCGAGGUCAACAACGUGGCCUUCGAAAUCCAGGUGUUCAUCUCGGAGCGGGCCCAGGACCUGGCCCCCGAGCAGAGCAGGCAGCUCCUGGGCCAGCUGCAGCAGCUGCAGCGGGCCUUCCACGGCGCGUCGGGCCGAGCCCAGGCCUGGGCCGACGCCCUCUCCGCCCAGCGAGAGAGGGAGGAGGAGUGGCAGCGCAGGGAGAGGCAGAAAGAGGAGGAGAAGGACAGAGAGAGGCAGAGUGCGAGGGGGAGAGAGGUGGUGCAACAGCAGAAAGCCGAAUGCUCUCAGAAACUAGAAGGCCUCACCAUGUGGUUGGCCGGAGCUGCCGGUCUGCUGGCCACUCAGAGCGCUGGAGCGGAGUCGGGUGACGUGAACGCCCUGCAAGACAAGCAGAAAAAGCUAAAGGAAGUACAGAAGGACCUCCAGACUAAAGGCGAGGGCAUAGCUGAGGCCAUCCGCUCGGUGGAGGACUUCCUGGCGGAACGGGGAGAAAGUCUGAGCCCAGAGGAGAGGGAGAACCUCCAGAGGACACUCUCAAGGAUGAAAGAGCAGUACAGCGCCCUGACGGAUUCGGCGAACGCGUCGGUGUCGGAGCUGGACACGGCCAUCAACAACACCGUGCAGCAGAACACGCAACGGGCGAAGGCAGUGGAGGAACUCCAGGAGACACGAGGACAGAUCGACUCUCUGCUGAACGAGCUGUCCUCCCUCAACCAGCCGGGCAGAAUAAUAGCUCAAGAUGUCAGUGAUGCACCAUUCUCACCGCCAGAGGGCGCUGUCGUAUCACACACAGAGUCGCUGCAGGCGGAGCUUCAGCAGCUCCAGUCUCAACAGGCACAGCUUCUUCAAAUCACCCAGGCAACUCGGUCGCUGUUGGACCAACCCGACUCGACCGUUCCUCCGGAGGAGAAGCAGCGUCUCCGGGCUGCACUGGACAAGCUGCAGGCCCAGCACCAGGACAGACUGCAGAGCUGCCAGGACCGCCUGAGGAAGUCUGAGGCUCUGAAGGACGAAUUUACAAAGUUCCUCCAAGAACAUGGAAGUCUCGGUGCCUGGCUGGAACAGAGUGAACAGGAGCUCCGUUCCCUUGGGGAAGGAGAAGUUGACGCACAAGGACUGAAGGGCAGGCUGGAGGAGCACAGAAAGCUUGGUGAGGAUGUAAUUUGCCACAAGGCCGACCUGCGGUUCGUCUCCAUCUCCGGUCAGAAGGUUCUGGACUCUGUUCAAGGGGCCCUGGAGCAAGUUGGCGGUUCAGACCCGGCUCUGGACGGCACCAAGCAGCUGGUUACCGACAAGCUACAGGAUGCUAACCACAGAUACACAACGCUGCACACCAAGUCGACGGAGUUGGGCGGUCGUCUGUCCGGCCUGUUGGAGCGGUACCAGCAGCACCAGGACGAGGUCGUCUCCCUACACUCCUGGCUCAGCGCUCAAGAACAGAACCAGAGCAUCGCCAAGCCCAGCGGCGACACCGACCCGCAGAACCUGCAGCACACGCUGCGACAAGUACAGCUGCUGCAGGAUGAACUGGCCGAGCGCUCGGUGCAGCUGGAGAAGGUGAAGAGAGCCGGUCGAGAUCUGGUCAGCGCCGACGAGUCUCCCUCCCUGAAAGCUGUUGACAUCCUCUGCGCUGCAGAUGGUUUGGAGAAAAGAUUCGGUUCCCUCUCUGCUUCUGUCUCUGAACGGGCAAAACAGCUCCAGACGGCCGUGGCCCAGUCCGUCAGCGUCCAGGAGGGCCUGAAGGGUCUGCUCAGCUGGCUGGACAAACUGGUCCUGCGGCCCGGACCCGUGGAGCCCACCACACAGGCCGUGCAAGACGCCCUCACACAGAAUCAGAAACUUCGGCAGGAGCUUCUCUCCAGGCAGGGCAGUGUGGAAGCGACACAGGACUCUGUUUCCAAACUCCUCCAGAGCUCGGAUGCCUCUACAGCCUCAGGCCUCCAGGGCGCUUUGGACGAACUGACUCAGCGCUACACCGCAGCGCAGGCCAGCCAGGCCGAGGGGGAGGCCGCGCUCAAAGGGCUGCUGCCCAGACUGGAGAGCUACGAGCGGCUGGGGUCCGACCUCCAUGUCUUCACCCAGACCCGGCUAAACGCUCUGAGCCCGGCGGGCCAGCCGGACCGCGGCGUGGACGACUACAGGCAAACCAUCGAGGAGGUGAGGUCGGAGCUGGAGCAGGAAACUGGCCAACUCAAGUCCUUCUGCAGCCUCGGCACCGAUCUCAGCCAGUCGGACGCUCUGAGAAACACUCAGAGCUUAUUGGAUAACGUCAGAGGUGUUUCUGACGAGUUCACCCAACUGGAAGCGAAUGUCAAUGAGAGGUUCGCCAUCAUCCAGGCCUGUGAGCAGCAGCUGCUCCGGUUCCGCGGGCUCUCCGGCUCCCUCCUCAGGUGGCUUCAGACCGCGCAGGAGCAGCUGCCCCCCAAAGAGGCCAACCUCAACACCGAGGGGCUGCAGAAAAGAGUCCAGCAGCUCAAGGACUUGUUGGACGACUGGGACUCGCAGGGAUCCAGGGUUCAGGAGCUGAACAAGACGGGCUCGGAGCUGGAGUCGCUUAUCAUCGACAUCACGGCUCCUCAGACCAAAACUGGUGCCCCUCAAAUCAAUGGCUCCGCAGGUCCCAGCAGUGUCAAUGGCAUUCACACCUGCAAAGACCUGACGGAGCUGCAGGUAGCCGCGUCCGAUGUGAACGGUCGAUACGAGACGCUGGGCGGAGACCUGAAAGAACGUCUCGGCCGCCAGCAGGCCUCGAUGGAGCUGAGGCAGGAGGUCCGGCGGGGCGCGGAGGAGCUCAAGAGCUGGCUGACGGACAAAGAGCACAGCCUGAAACAGGGACAGACCACCGCCUCCCCCUCCAAACCUGAGGCGGUGCGCGCCCAGGCCCAGGAGAACAAGGCCCUGCUCUCUGAGCUGUCCGACCACUCUGGGAAGGUCGAGGAGCUGAAGAGCACACUGAGGAAACUCAUCGCCGACAACCCUGAUGCUCCUGAGGCCGACAGCUGGAGACAACAGCUGCAAGAGAUAGACUCCCGCUGGCAGACAGCCAAUCAGACCGCAGCCCAGAGGCAGACGGAGCUCGAGACAUGCGCCGAUAGGCUGGGCAGCUUCGCCUCGGCGGCCAAUCAGCUGGGCCCGUGGCUGAGGGAGAAGGAGCUGAUGAUGAGCGUGUUGGGGCCGCUGAGCAUCGACCCGAACAUGCUCAACACGCAGAAACAACAAGUGCAGUUCAUGCUGCGUGAGUUUGAGACCAGGCGGCCGCAGUUCGACCAGCUGACCCAGGCGGCCGAGGGUAUUCUGUCCCAGACCGGUGACCCUGCUCAGGACGCCAAGGACCUGGUGGAGGUGCGGACCGAGCUGGGCUCCAUCUCCCAGCAGUGGGACGACCUAACAAACCGACUGAGCCAGAGGUCGAGCAACAUCGACCAGGCCCAGGGAACCAGCGAACGGUACCAGGGCUUGCUGAGAGAGCUCUCCUCCAGUGUCUCCACCCUGGGUGAGAGACUGGACGCCCAGGCCUCACUGAGCGCCCAGCCCGAGGCGCUGAAACGUCGCCUGCAGGAAACCGGAGAGAUCCGCUCAGAGCUGGAGAGGCGGCGGGCCGAGCUGUCCGAGGCCGAGAGGCUGUGCCGGGAGCUUAGCGCCAUCGUGGCCGAGCCCUACCUGAAGGAGGAGCUGAGCAAGCGGCUGGAGACCGUCAGCGGGCCGCUGAAGAGUUUGGAGGAUCGUGCAGCCGACGGUCUGUCUCAGCUCCAGGCUGCCCUGUCGUCCACGCAGCAGUUCCAGCAGAUGUCUGAGGAGUUGCGCUCCUGGCUGGACAAGCAGGCAGAUCCCAGAGAUCCCUCCUCCGACUCCCUCCCUUGCCGACCAGAGGCCAUCCGCUCUCUGCUGGCGCAGACGGACGAGCUCCAGCGCGGCAUCGCCAGCCAGCGAGGCUCCUACGAGCUGAUCCAGGCCGAGGGGGCGUCGCUGCUCGCCUCUCUCCCGGCGGGCGGAGACGAGCGCUCCGCCCUCCAGUCUCACCUGGCCUCCUUGCGACAGGACUGGUCGGGGUUGAACCAGAGGAUCUCAGACCGCGAGAGCAGACUGAAGAACACGCUGAGCAAAGCGGAAACCUACCAGCAGCACAAGGCGGAACUGAUCCCAUGGUUGUCAGACUGUGAAGUGAAGGAUGGUGAGAUCCAACCGUCGCUGGAUUCCUCUGCGCUGGAUGAAACCUUGCAGCGGGCACGGGGUCUGUCCCUCGACCUGGACAGACGGCAGCCUCUCCUGGAGGCCUUCAACACCGCAGCCGACCAGCUGCUGGAGCAGUGCUGCAUCGGGGAGGAAGAGGUACGAGAUGAGAAGGCGCAGCUGAACCGCAGGGUGGACGGACUGGGAGAGAGGCUCCACCACCGCACCUCCCAGCUGGAGGAACUGUCCGGCCGCCUGAAGGAGUUCGAAGAGGGCAGACAGGCGGUGGAGAGGAGGCUUGAGGCUGCCAAGCACCAGAUUGAAGUCCAGGAGGCUCUGGGUCCUCAGGCUUGCAGCGCAAAGAGCCUGGAGCGGCUGAGGAGUCAGCAGGAGAACCUGAGGUCCCUGCAGCCGCAGGUGGUCUACCUCCGAGACCUGGCCCGGGGGCUGGUGCAGGACGCGCCUCAGACAGCGGGGGGCAGCACCGAGGGGGCGCAGAGGCUUCAGGAGCAGGCCAAGGACACGGAGAAAGAGUAUGACGGCGUUACUGGCAAGAUCGAACAUUGCUGCUCCUGCCUGGAGUCCCGUCUGCAGGGCGUCGGCGAGGUUCAGUCUCACGUGCGCGACGUCUUCUCGCGCAUCGCCGACCUCGACGACGAGCUGGACUCCCUCAGUCCCGUCGGGCGGGACGCGGACUCCCUGGCCUCCCAGGCGGACGCCCUGCGGGGCUUCCUGUCGCGACUGGCCAACCUCAGGACGGAGCUGGAGGGUCACGGGUCGGAGUGCUCCACCAUGCUGCGGCGGGAGGGCUCCUCCCCCGACCUCCUGGCCCUCCGGAGGGAGACGGAGGCGCUGAACCGCCAAGCCGGCAAGCUGAGCGAGCGCGGCCAGGCGAGGUUGGACCAGAUCGAGGACGCCGCCGGGAGGGUGCAGGAGUUCUACCGGCUGGUGGCCGAGCUGCAAGGCCUCCUGGGAAGGGCCGAGGACGGGCUGGACGCGCAGGGCCUGGUCGGCACGGAGGUGGAGAUGAUCAAACAGCAGCUGCAGGAGUUCAAGGCUGUGGAGAGAGAACAGGUGGAUAGCAUUCAACCGAAGCUGCAGCACGUCAACGCGGUGGGUCAGGGUCUGAUCCAGAGCGCCGCCAAACACACCGACACCCAGGCGCUGGAGCACGACCUGGAGACCACCAACCUCCGAUGGAACUCACUCAACAAGCGGGUGGCCGAGCGGAUCGCCCAGCUGCAGGAAGCCCUGUUGCACUGUGGGAAAUUUCAGGAUGCUCUGGAGCCUCUGCUGAGUUGGCUGAGCGACACAGAGGAGCUGGUGGCCAAUCAGAAGCCUCCGUCCGCAGAGUACCGUGUGGUCAAGGCCCAGAUCCAAGAACAAAAGCUGCUCCAGAGAUUGUUAGACGACCGCCGGCCAACGGUGGAGAUGAUCCGAGCUGAGGGCGAGAGGAUCGCAGCCACAGCCGACACUCAGGACCGGGAGAAGAUCCAGACGCAGCUCCACUGUCUGGCUGAGCAAUGGACUGAGCUGCUGAACAAGGCCAGCGGCAGGCAGAGGCAGUUGGAGGAGCUGCAGGUUUUGGCUCUUCAGUUCCACGAGGCCCUGGAGCCGCUGGGAGAAUGGCUGAGCGCCACCGAGAGGCGCCUGAGCUCCGCCGAGCCCAUGGGCACCCAGACGGCCAAGAUCACCCAGCAGAUCACCAAGCACAAGGCGCUCCAAGAGGACGUGUCCGAGCGCGAUGCCGAGGUCGACCACCUCGAGUCCCUCAGCCGGUCGCUGGCCCCGCUCAGCUGCGCAGCGGCCCGCGAUUGGUUGAGCGAGCGCGUGGGGGCGGUGAGGUCGGGUCACACGGAGCUCGCCGACAGGUGCUCGCGGCGGGCGGCCCUGCUGGAGCAGGCGCUGGCCAACGCUCGGCUGUUCGGGGAGGAGGAGGUAGAGGUGCUGAACUGGCUGGCUGAGGUGGCUCAGCGGCUGGAUCAGGUCUCGGUCCAGAGCUACCAGCCUCAGCUGCUGGCCGAGCGGCACAGACACACUCUGUCUCUGAACGAAGAGAUCUUGAGCAGGAAGAAGACGGUGGACCAGGCCAUCAAGAACGGACAAUCUUUACUCAAACAGACCACAGGUGAGGAGGUUCUCCUGAUCCAGGAGAAACUGGACGGCAUCAAGUCUCGCUACGCCGAGAUGACGGCCUGCAGCAGCAAGGCCCUGCGCACGCUGGAGCAGGCCCUGCAGCUCGCCACGCGCUUCGCCAGCGCGCACGACGACCUCAACCAGUGGCUGGACAGCGUGGAGGCGGAGCUCAGCAACGUGGAGCCUGACGCCACGCCGGCCUAUCAGGAGAGACAGAAGGAGCUGAAGAAAGUAUCGGCAGAGAAGCGCCUGGUGUUGGACACGGUCAACGAGGUGGGCAGCGCCCUGCUGGACCUGGUGCCGUGGCGAGCCAGAGAAGGCCUGGACCGCCUGGUCGCCGACGGCAACCAGCGGUACCGGCAGGCCGAUGAAACCAUCACUCAGCGCGUGCAACUGGUGCAGGCCGCCAUCCAGAGGUCACAACAGUACGAAGAGGCGGUGGAUGCGGAGCUGGCCUGGGUCGGGGAGACGGAGCGUAAGUUGGCGUCUCUGGGGCCACUGAGUCUGGAGCCCGACGUGACGGUGGCCCAGCUGCAGGUGCAGAGGGCCUUCAACAUUGACAUCAUCCGACACAAAGACACCGUGGAUCAGCUGCUGGGCACCAGAGAGGAGAUCAUGGAAACUUGCAGCGACGCCCAGAAGGACGCGCUGAUGGUGAAGACAGAUUCUCUGAGCGGUCGUUACGAGGCAGUGAGCCAGAGCCACAGCGAGCGGUUCUCUGCUCUGGAACAGGCCCAGGUCCUGGUGGCUCGGUUCUGGGAAACCUACGAGGAACUGGAGCCGUGGUUGGGCGAGACGGAAACCCUCAUCGCCCAGCUGCCACCGCCAGCCAUCGACACAGAUGCUCUCCGGCUACAGCAGGACCAGAUGAGGCUUCUCCGGGAGUCGAUUUCAGAGCACAAGCCGCACAUCGACAAGCUGCUGAAGAUCGGACCCCAGCUGGCCGAGCUCAGCCUCCAGGAGGGGACGUCGGUGACGCAGCGCUACUCCAAGGCCGAGAGACGCUACCUCGCCAUCAAAGAGGAGGUGAAAGGUCGCGCCACAGCGCUGGACGAGGCGACGUCCCAGUCUGCACAGCUGGUAGAGUUUCACGACAAGAUGGACCCCCUGCUGGAGACCCUGGAGGGGGCGGUGCAGCGGCUGAGGCAGCCUCCCCCGGUGGCGGCGGAGGUGGAGAAGAUCAGGGAGCAGCUGGGGGAGCACCGGGCGCAGGGGCUGGAGCUGGACAAACUGCUGCCCAGCUUCUCCGCCCUCUGCGCCCGCGGAGAGGAGCUCAUCGGACGGGCUGCUCACGACGACCCCGCUGCCCAGGCCGUUCGCACCCGCCUCCUGCGCCUGCGCUCUCUGUGGGACGAGAUCCGGCAGCGGGCCGAGGAGCGGGAGGGGAAGUUGAACGACGUCUUGGACCUGGCCGGGAAGUUCUGGUCCGACGUGGGGGCGCUGCUGAGCACGCUGCGAGACUCCCAGGAUAUCGUGAGAGAGCUGGAGGACCCCGGUGUGGACCCCUCGCUCAUCAAGCAGCAGAUCGAGGCUGCGGAGGCCAUCAAGGCAGAGACAGACGGCCUGAGGGAGGAACUGGAGUUCGUCAGGACCCUCGGGGCUGACCUCAUCUUCGCCUGUGGAGAAACUGAGAAACCCGAAGUGAAGAAGACCAUCGAUGAGAUGAAUGCUGCCUGGGAAGGCCUGAAUCGCACAUGGAGAGAGAGGAUGGAGAGACUGGAGGAGGCCAUGACGGCCUCUGUGCAGUAUCAGGACGCCCUGCAGUCUAUGUUCGACUACCUGGACAACGCUGUGAUCAAGCUGUGCGACAUGUCGACCGUGGGAACUGACCUGGGAACUGUGAAACAGCAGAUUGAGGAGCUCAAGCUCUACAAGGUGGACGUUUACCAGCAGCAGAUUGACAUGGAGAAGCUCUGCCACCAGGGGGAGCUGCUGUUGAAGAAAGUGUCAGACCAGACCGACCGGGACAUGAUCCAGGAGCCGCUGACCGAGCUGCGCCACCUCUGGGAGAACCUGGGUGAUAAGAUCACCCAGAGACAGCACAAGCUGGAGGCCGCCCUGCUGGCUCUGGGUCAGUUCCAACAUGCCCUGUCUGAGCUGCAGGCCUGGCUGAACCACACUCACACCACCCUGGACACACAGCGACCGGUCAACUCCGACCCCAAGGCCAUCGAGAUCGAGCUGGCUAAACAUCACGUUUUGCGCAAUGACGUGCUGUCCCAUCACGCCACGGUGGAGAAUGUGAACGGCGCCGGCGCUGAACUGCUGGAGUCGUCCCCCGGCGACGAGGCCAGCCACCUGAGGGACCAGCUGGAUCAGCUCAACCAGGGUUGGCAGAGCCUGCUGCUCAAGACGCAGGAGCGGCAGAAGCUUCUGGAGGCGGCGCUGCAGCAGGCGGAAGGUUUCCACGGCGAGCUGGAGGAGUUCCUCCAGUGGCUGCGGAGGACGGAGAGCCAGCUGUCUGCCGCCAAGCCGACAGGCGGCCUCCCCGAGACGGCCAGGGAGCAGCUCCAGCAACACGCGGAGCUCCAGGCUCAGCUGACCCAGCGAGCGGACCAGUACCAUCGCCUGCUGGACCAGGGAGAGUCCAUGCUGCUGGCCCGGGGGGGAGAGGACGCGGGACCCGGCACCACCCAGACCCAGCAGAACCUGGCCAUGCUGCAGAACAAGUGGGCCAGCCUCAACACCAAGAUGGACGACCGCAGGGGGAAACUGGAUGAGGCGGUUUCCUUGGCAACAGGGUUCCAGACCUCUCUGCAGGACACCAUGAACUGGCUCACCCAGGCUGAACAGACCCUGAACAUGGCGCAGUCCCCCAGCCUCAUCCUGGACACCGUCCUCUUCCAGAUUGACGAGCACAAGGUGUUCGUGAAUGAGGUGAACACCCACAGGGAGCAGGUCCUGGCCCUGGAGAAGGCCGGCUCUCAGCUCCGCUUCGCCAGCCUGAAGCAGGACGUGGUCCUCAUCAAAAACCUGCUGCUCAGCGUCCAGGCUCGCUGGGACAAGCUGGUCCAGAGGUCACUGGACCGCGGCCGGCACCUGGACGAGGCCCGCAAGCGAGCCAAGCAGUUCCACGAGGCCUGGAGGAAGCUGACGGACUGGCUGGAAGAAGCCGAGAAAAGACUGGACUCAGAGCUGGAGAUCUCCAACGAGCCGGACAAGAUCAAAGUACAACUGACCAAACACAAGGAGUUCCAGAAAGCUCUGGGCUCCAAGCAGCCGGUGUACGACACCACGGUGAGGUCAGGGAAGGCCAUGAGGGACAAGGCUCAGCUGCCGGCAGACACGCAGAAACUGGAUCACCUGGUGGGCGAGGUCCGCGACAAGUGGGACACCGUCUGUGGCAAGAGCGUGGAGAGACAACACAAGCUGGAGGAGGCCCUGCUGUUCUCAGGCCAGUUCGCAGAGGCUCUGCAGGCGCUGGUGGACUGGUUGUACCGGGUAGAACCGCAGCUGGCCGAAGACCAACCCGUCCAUGGAGACCUGGAUCUGGUGUCCAACCUCAUGGACUCACACAAGGCUUUCCAAAAAGAGCUGGGUAAGAGAACCGGCAACAUUCAGGCUCUGAGGCGUUCGGCCCGGGAUCUGAUGGAGACCGGUCGCGACGACACGGCCUGGGUCAAAGUUCAGCUUCAGGAGCUCAGCAACCGCUGGGACACAGUGUGUGCCCUGUCCGUCAUCAAGCAGACCCGCCUACAGCAGGCCCUCAAACAGGCGGAGGAGUUCCGCGCGGCGGUGCAGGUGCUCCUGGAGUGGCUCUCGGAGGCGGAGCAGACGCUCCGUUUCCGCGGCGUCCUCCCCGAGGAGGCGGAGACUCUGCAGGCGCUGCUGCACACGCACCGCGACUUCAUGGGCACGGUGGAGGAGAAGAGGGGAGGCGUGAACAAGGCCGCCGGCAUGGGAGAGGCCAUCCUGACACUGUGUCACCCGGACUGCAUCACCACCAUCAAACACUGGAUCACCAUCAUCCGGGCGCGUUUCGAGGAGGUGCUGACGUGGGCCAAGCAGCACGAGCAGCGGCUGGAGACGGCUCUGACCGAGGUGCUCAACAACGCCAACCUGCUGGAGGAGCUGCUGUCAUGGCUACAGUGGGCCGAGACCACGUUGAUCCAGAGAGACGCCGACGCACUUCCUCAGGACAUCACACAGCUCAAAUCGCUCAUCACAGAGCACCAGACGUUUAUGGAGGAGAUGACGAGGAAGCAGCCGGACGUGGACAAAGUGACGAAGACCUACAAGAGAAAACCAGCCGAGUCUCACAGCAGCCUGUCGGAGAGGAGAGGAGCUCGCAAGCAGCAGCAGCAGCAGCAGGCGGCCAUGCAGCUUUCUGGAGGAAACCCGCGUCUCAACCAGCUCUGUGCCCGGUGGCAGCAGGUCUGGCUGCUGGCCCUCGACCGCCAGCGCAAACUCAACGACGGUCUGGACCGACUCGAGGAGCUCAAAGAGUUUGCCAACUUUGACUUCGACGUGUGGAGGAAGAAGUACAUGCGCUGGAUGAACCACAAGAAGUCUCGCGUCAUGGAUUUCUUCCGACGCAUCGACAAGGACCAGGAUGGAAAGAUCACGCGGCAGGAGUUCAUCGACGGCAUCCUGGCCUCCAAGUUUCCCACCAGUCGGCUGGAGAUGACCGCGGUGGCAGACAUCUUUGACCGAGACGGGGACGGUUACAUCGACUACUACGAGUUUGUCGCCGCUCUUCACCCCAACAAGGACGCGUACAGGCCGACCACCGACGCCGACAAGAUAGAGGAUGAGGUGACUCGGCAGGUGGCCCAGUGCAAAUGUGCCAAGAGGUUCCAGGUGGAGCAGAUCGGAGAGAACAAGUACCGGUUCUUCCUCGGAAACCAGUUCGGUGACUCUCAGCAGCUGCGUCUGGUGAGGAUCCUCCGCAGCACGGUGAUGGUGAGAGUCGGAGGCGGUUGGAUGGCGCUCGACGAAUUCCUGGUCAAAAACGAUCCGUGCAGAGUGCAACAUCCUGGACUUAAGAUUCUCCGCUCCGAUUCCAGUAGCUCCAUCUCAUCUCGUAUAGCUCGUGGUCGCACCAACCUGGAGCUGAGGGAGAAGUUCAUCCUUCCCGAAGGAGCGUCCCAGGGCCUGGCCGCGUUCCGCUCCCGGGGCCGACGCUCGAAACCGGGCUCCCGGAACGCCUCGCCCACCCGCUCCUCCUCCUCGGCCUCCCACAGCGGCGCCUCCCUCCCGUCUGCUCCCUCCACCCCCGCCACCCCGACGGCCUCGGCAUCGUCCAGGUCCUCCCUUACUCACUCGCGUGACUAUGCCAAGCCCUGGCUGGCGUACAGUAAAACUCCAACGCCAACCAAGUGCCACUGCUGCCCAGAUCUCGGUCACAGCACCACCACUCCUGGGCACGAGGGGGCGGCGUCGGGCUCCAAACUCAAGAGGCCGACCUUCCACUCGAGCCGCGGCUCGUUGACCGGAGAGAACGGAGGAACGACACACACCUGCAAACCGGGACGAACCGAUCCGAAGCGUGGGGCUAGCGGUCCGACCAGCCGAGCCGGCAGCCGGGCGGGCAGCAGAGCCAGCAGUCGGCGCGGCAGCGAUGCCUCGGACGCAUCGGAGCUCCAGGACUCUCGCUCCGUCUGCUCCGACACUUCGGACACCCCGAGGCGACCGGGCGGUGGAGCCAAGCCCUCCAAGAUCCCCACCAUCUCCAAGAAGGCGCCCAGCCCAAAGACCCCGGGGGCCGCCAAGAAAUAAUAACAGCAGCCACAGAGAAACUGGAGCAGAAAUGUUACGCCUCGGGGUGGACUGCCGACAGCGGCCAUCUUGGGGUGUUUACCCACUCUUCAAUCUGAACCUCCAUCCGCAGGGCUUGUAUUGAAUCUGUGCACUUUGACUGACAUCUAUCAGGGGAGGGGAGGAGGUGGAUGAGAUGAGCGAAUCUCCUCUCACUCUUUUCCCCGUUUUUAAAAAGAAACGGCUGAAAAACACGAGGAGAAAUGUUCUGGUCCGUGGGGGCGAAACCGACACUUCCCCUUUAAGAAGCGACCCCAGUUUGCCUUCCAGUCUCCUGCUUCCUGUUUCUAGAGUUCCCCCACCGGCGUGGAACCAAACACCACCCGACUUUGACGUGAUGCUGCCUUACUUUGUGUUACACACGUCCUUUCCCCGUCCGACAGAGCGACACAGAAAGUCUUUAGACUGCUUCACACCACACUGACACACAAACACGCACAUUGUAACUCAAGAGGCGGGGAAAGGGAGCGGGACACCGCCGCCGCCAGCACUGACACCACGGCUAUAAAAACAACGCUCGGAUGACAUUCAGGAAAAAAAAGAAUUGUGGGUUGUUAUUAUUUUGGCUUGUGGGCCAGAUGCCUCGAGGAUGAGUUAAAAAAGAAAAUAUGCAACGACCGCCAUGUCGCUUCCUGUGGAGCGGUUGGCGAGACAGAGUUUCACCUCAGCAGAGAGCGAGAGCUCAGGAGGCGGGAAACCUCGGACGUGGAGGAUCGGUGGUGGUGGCGGUGGUGGGGGUGGUGACGGUGCUGCUGCUGCAGCUGAGCGCAAACACUCCGCAGAGCAGACUCCUCCCGACCGCCGGAACGUCAAGUUACAAUCUGACAGAAGAAAGAAAAAUCACAAACUGGCAAUAGAACUCGACUAACAGCACAUCGUCAGCGUGACCUAACCCGAGGUUAAUCCGUGUUGGCGGAGUUUGACUACCAGCAUGCACUAAUCGUCUCUUCCUCUGCAGUUCCACCUUAAUGUCUACACUGCGUUGCCCUUAGCAACCCAGCAACACACACACACACACACACACACACACACACACACACACACACACACGGUGGCGUGUGUGUGUUGCUGUGCGUCUUUGUUCAAGUGAAUAAUAAGAGGUCAUUGACGAGUCACUGUAUGCAAACAUUUUAAUUUGCAAAUGUAAUUUUUUUCUUCUCCUCGUUGUUUUCUGGUUAAUUUAUAAUCCACUUGUUACGUUUGUUUUCUAGCUUGAGAGAAAGAAUCUAUUUAUUUUUCAGUUUCGUGUCAUAUCAGCGUUGGUUAAAGAGAUGAAGAUGCUGAUUUUUUUAAUGUCCGCUCCGCUCUCUGACAUCGUCUGUGUGUAACGUGUGUUUGUGCUUCGUUCACUCGGACUCGGCCUUUGUUCGCUUCAUCUUUUUUCUCGUUCGCUAACGACGAUAAUUCCCAGAACACGACCAAAGGGGUUUUGCCCUUCAUGUGUAGAGAGAGAACUACAAAUAUGAAUGACAGGAGUCCCCUGGGCCGAGUGGACCAAUGAGGGGCGGGUUUCCUCCCUCUGGUUCCUCCCCAGCGACUAUUCUUCUAGGCUUUUUUUUUUUUUUUUCAAAUGUCCCGUCUCCGAAGGGGCAGAGUUGUGUCCGUGUUGAUCUCAGUGUAAGAGAUGAAGUUUAUGAAAUGACAGUAAGAAAGAAAACAUCUUAAGGUGAUUUUUAUUUAUUUAUUGUCUCUCUGACGAGGAGGAGGAAGAGGAGACAAGUCCGCC